AAAAAAAGAGAGUUGUUGUUUCUUACUUCUCUUCUCCUCUCUCUUCCUGAUUAGAUUUUUUUAGGGCUUUGAAGCACGAACGAACGCGUGAAAAGCUCCUUCAAAUCAAGAAAAAAAAAAUAAUGGAGGUUGCUGAUAGGAGGGACGAGGAGAUCAGGGACUCUGGGAACAUGGACACCAUUAAGUCUCACUAUGUUACCGACUCUGUUUCCGAAGAACGCCGCUCUCGUGAGCUCAAGGAUGGUCUCCAUCCUCUACGGUACAAGUAUGCAAUAUGGUACACCCGUCGCACACCUGGGGUUCGGAACCAGACUUCUUAUGAGGAUAACAUAAAGAAGAUUGUGGACUUCAGCACGGUUGAAGGGUUUUGGGCCUGCUACUGUCACCUUGCUCGGUCUUCUCUCUUGCCUAGUCCAACAGAUCUUCACUUCUUUAAGGAUGGGAUUCGCCCCUUGUGGGAGGAUGGUGCAAACUGCAAUGGAGGAAAGUGGAUAAUACGUUUCUCAAAAGUUGUAUCUGCUCGUUUCUGGGAGGAUCUGCUUCUUGCGCUGGUAGGUGACCAACUUGACGAUGCUGAUAACAUUUGUGGGGCAGUACUGAGUGUCCGCUUCAAUGAGGACAUCAUUAGUGUAUGGAAUCGCAAUGCUUCUGAUCAUAAGGCAGUGAUGGGUUUGAGAGACUCAAUCAAGCGGCAUUUGAAGUUACCUCACGCAUAUGUCAUGGAAUACAAGCCCCAUGAUGCUUCUCUUCGCGACAACUCUUCCUACAGAAACACAUGGCUGAGAGGAUAAACUUGAAGUGGGUGGUUGUAUCAUGUAAUGUGGAGAAGAUUUGGGAAGCUCUUCUGCAACCCGGGAAGAUAUCUGGAUUGAACCCUGUAUCCAAUACCAUACUGUACCGGAGGCUUACAAUUUCAGAAAAAAAAUCCGGGCUGCUUCUGUGUCAGUAGGUGUUCAGUCGUUUUAUUGUUUCUAGAUUCAAUGGUUUCUGUUCAAAACUAUAAGGAUUCAUUUUCAAAGAAAUCUGGAGAUCGAGUACUGGUUUACAUUAUGACUCAUGUCUUAAAAAAACAGUUGUCAAUAUACAAUUUCACUUCGUACU